GUGGGUGUUGAAUUCGAUCCACCCCUUUCAGCAGAGAGCAACACGAGCUUGUGUUGUUUGUAGUGAAUCGGUCAGCUGCGCUUCGCGUACAAUCUGUCAAUCUGGUCUCCAGCAUUACCGAGCUGUUCAGAAGAGACAAGGACCGUGGUGGAGAGGUCCUGGCACACGGGCGAGCGGGGGCAAUACAUAUAUUUUGGAGGUGUGAAAUAAAAUACCGGGAGAAGAACCGAGUGAAUUGUUAAACACAGGCUUGAUUGAUCAUCACCGAAUCUGCGCCCCCACCAGACUCUCCGCUGGCUUUCUCGUUAUUGACAGAUCGAUUGGAUCAGCUGUCUGUUAAACCCCGCAAUGAUUGAAGUUUACAUCCCGUCGCUGGAGAACAGCGCUGUUGAAGGCUCUGGCAAAACACGUACAGUAUUCCGUGUGGAAGUCCUGUUCAAUGGAAGAAAGCACUUUGUAUCGAAACGUUACAGCGAAUUCCACGCUCUUCAUAAAAAGCUGAAAAAAAUCCUCCAGACCCCGGACUUCCCUUCAAAAAGGAACCCGAACUUGAGGCAGAAGCCGUCCCAUCAGAGGAGGCAGGAACUUGAGGACUAUGUACAGUAUGUUCUACGAUUCAAUAAAGAGGUUCCUAAGGAGAUACUGGAGUUCCUACAUGUGAAGCAUUUCCAUUCUGUGAAUACGAGCUGCAGUCUCGAAUCCCUCAACAACUCUCAUUCUGAGGACUACAGCUGCAGACUUCUGCACCAGCGUGGUGUUGUUGGAUUCUGUAAAGAUCCCUACAUGCUGGAGGAGAGCUCAGAUUUCCUUCCCAACAUCAUUGUGGAUGGUGUUCUCCAGGGCUUGUAUCCCCGGGACAUCAGAGUCAGUUUUACUCCGUGCACAAAAAGCUGGCCUCCAACAAAGACAGAGCCUGCAGCCUCUCCGGAAGCCUCCCUGAGCUAACCCUGGUGGUCAGAGGCAGAGCUCUCACUGUGGGGUGGGGAGGGGAGGGAGGCCUCAUUACUGCUGAAGCUUCUGUUUUCUUACUGCAUCAUUGCCACUGGAACAUUUCUCAAGAAAUCAAUUAUUUUCCCCCAAAGGCCACUAUUGAAAAAACUAAAAUUGUUUUGUUACCCACAACUGAGCCAACUAGGUGCCUGAUACCAGAAUUAUUGGGAAUUUCAACAAUUGUAGGUAGCAUUUAUUUUAUUUUUUUUCCUUCAACUGUUUGGGAUUCUGGUAUUGCAAAGCAAGGGGAGUGUUUUAUUAUGCGUGGUAUUUUUCAAUGUGAAUCUCCUCCUAGGUUAAUAAAGGUCCUUUUCAUAUACA